UCGGUUUCCACACUUCCCCACAACUCACAUGAUCCAUAUGAUAAUAUUGAUAAUAAUAAACGUGUACAUAUAAAUGGUGGCUCCAUAUUGGUGGGCUAUAUGCAUUUGCAAUAUUUCAUAUCCAUAUUGCACGAAUUUAGCAUGCGCUCAAUUAUUUGGAUAGUAAGGCACACUUCUAGCGCACUGGAACGCACCAYACGUUCUUCCAUGAAGUACGUAACAUUUCGCUGCAAAACAACGUUUUCCAACACGGGUUCUUAAAUGACUGUGGUGGCAGCCAGCAUCACAUAGAAGAUGAACAAGGGUGAUUGGGAAAACAGAUUGAAGAAGGUGGAACAAUUAGCUCAGUCCUUCCAGCAGUGUCCUUUGACCUCAUGCUACAAACCUAGGCUGUCCCGGCCAUGGCAGCCGUCCUCCAUAUGGAAGCUCUUCCCUCGUCAAUGUAUGGCUAUCAACUUUGCACAGAGUUGCAGAGAGGACGUACACGUGUUUKCACUUGAGAAGGAACAGGCAAAGAUGGGUCAGAGGAUCUUCCUGGUCAGCAGUUACAGUGAGCUAUGGCAUUACUACAGUACCUACAGGCAAUCUCUGAUGCAUUGCUAUGAGGUGAUCCCAGAGGGGGCUGUUUGCAAGCUAUAUUUUGACUUGGAGUUCCACAGGCCCUCCAAUAAGGGCUUUGAUGGGAAGUGCAUGGUGGCCUCCCUCAUCCAGUAUGUGUGUGAGAAGCUGGAGGAGGUGUAUGGGAUUGAGUGCUCUGGGAAAGAUGUUCUGAACCUUGACUCCAGCACAGAGGAAAAAUUCAGUCGCCAUCUCAUCUUCAUUUUACCAAAUGCAGCUUUUAAGGAUAACCUACAUGUUGGGAAAUUUAUCCAUCUGAUUCUGCAGCCAGUGCUGAGCGUGCAUAGGAGGGGAAGUGAACUUGAGAAUGACAUGGGUGGAGUCACAGAGGACAGUGGCAAAAGGGGGCUGAUUGGAAGUCCACAGACCAAGAGGCCCAGACAGGAAGUGAGAGACCUCAGCUUCCUGUUGGUGAAAAACAAGGACGGACAGGAUGGGCUUUUUGUUGACCUCGGUGUGUACACCAAGAACAGAAACUUCCGUCUCUACAAGUCAUCUAAGGUGGGGAAGAAUGCAGCCUUCACUGUUGCAGAGGACAACAAGUUCAUCACCAAGCCUAAAAGGAACGUCUCUGCAGAGGAGAGCUUGUUCCAGUCCUCCUUAAUCAGCAACGUAAGUUUCACCGGUCAGAAGAUUCUGACAUGGGACCUCCAUGACGAGAGGGACGGGAUAUGCCCCAAGCCUCAUGCUCAGCUGGGUUCGACUUCACACUGUGUUUCAGACUCUUUGGGAGGCUACCAGUGUUCUCCCCACAAAGAAGUGGACAACUUUGUUCUUUCUGUGGUGAAAAAGGAUGGCAUCCAAGGAAGCAUACGACGGUGGAAUUACUUUGUUUCAGAGCAGUUACUUGUCUACGACAUCCUAAAGUACCGCUGGUGUCAGAAUGUUGACCGGUUCCACAAAAGCAACAACAUCAUGAUUCUGGUGGAUCUUAAACAGGAGGUCUGGUACCAGAAGUGUCAUGACCCUGCUUGCAAGAGCUUCAGAUCUUCUAGUUACCCAUUACCACAGGACAUCUGCGUCAGCUACCUCAUUACAAUGGAUGAGGAGGACCAGGCAUAUCUGAUGGACGAUGUGGGGAACAUCGAGCUUAGCCAGACACUCCCAGCGGAGAAGUACCUGGGGGGCUCGGCAGCAACACUUCCCCAGGGAGAAGACCGCGAUCCCUGGGGAGAUGACCAGGCUUACCUGGAGGCCCUGGAGGAUGUCGAGAGAACCACAGGCGAUUUGGCAGAGGAUGAUGUCCCAGAUGAGCUUCUGCUCCAAACCAUGACUGAGUUUGAGUCCCUCAAAGAUUUGUGCUUGUCAGCCACUAAGUGUAAUUGGGCUCCUGAGUAGUUCAGCGAUCUAAGGCACUGCAUCUUAGUGCUAGAGGAGUCACUACAGACCCUGGUUUGAUUCCAGGCUGUAUCACAA